AUGCAAGCCGAAAAUAAUGUCCUCCACGGACUACAUACUGGGUUGGAAUCUGAUACUGCCAAAUGCAAUCAGAAAACCUCUCCGAUAAUACCUCAGUGGGAUACAAAUGACGCCUCACAUCCUUAUAACAUGAGCCCGUGGAGGAAAUGGGUGGCAGUUUCAACUGUAUCGUUGGGAUCACUUUGCGUCGAUGUUAUGGCUGAGUUCAAUUGCUCCCGGGAAGUCGCAACAUUAGGUCUUUCACUUUUUAUCUGGGGCAUGGGUACUGGUCCUCUAGUAUUCGGCCCUUUAUCCGAGCUUUAUGGACGAAGAGUCAUCUACAUAGCAUCAUUUGCAACCUUCCUAGUCUUCCUUAUACCAUGCGCUGUCGCAAAAAACAUUCAAACCUUGCUCAUUGCUCGGUUUCUAGAUGGCUUUGCAGGUAGUGCUUUUCUUAGUGUGGCAGGUGGCACAGUUGGGGACAUAUUUCCUCGCCAUCAGCUGGCCACUCCUAUGAUGGUUUACACUGCUAGUCCUUUUGUCGGACCAGAGCUUGGGCCUCUGCGUUGGACAUUUUAUGCAAUGUUGUGCUGGGCCGGUGCAAUACUUCUUUUGAUAUGCUUUUUCGUGCCCGAGACCUACCAUGCUCUACUUCUAAGACGAAAGGCACAGGAGCUACAGAAGCAGACGGGAAGUUUACAGCCACUGGCUCCUAGAGAGAAAGUUUCGGAACCUCUGAAGAAAUUGAUUCUGCGGUCAAUAUACAGGCCUAUGAUGCUCCUGACUUUGGAGCCCAUGUGCUUGAAUCUCUGCGUAUACUCUGCUAUCUUGUUGGGAAUUCUUUAUCUUUUUUUCGGGGCUUUUCAGGAUGUUUUCCAGGAGGUAUAUGGAUUCGAGUUAUGGCAGCGUGGACUUACGUUCCUUGGCCUAUUGGUUGGGAUGAUCCUCGCUGUUCUUUCUGACUCUCUUUGGCGCUCAAACUAUCGCCGACUAGAACGAAACCACAGAUCUAUAAGCGAGGAUGGUUCCGAUUACUACCCAGAAUGGAGACUCCCUCCAGCUGGUGCUCCCUUGGUCACUGUUGGCCUUUUCAUGUUUUCUUGGACAACUUACCCGAGUAUACAUUGGAUUGUUCCAAUUAUUGGAAGCGCACUUUUCGGAGCUGGAGUCGUUCUUGUGUACUCCGGUAUCUUUACAUUCCUUGUUGAUGCAUAUCCGGCCUAUGCCGCCAGUGCUUUAGCUGCGAAUAGUUUCGCUCGAUCAAGCUUUGGGGGCAUCUUCCCACUUUUCGGUACUCAGAUGUACGAUCGAUUAGGAAUCCAUUGGGCAUCAUGCCUUCUCGCAUUCCUCACACUGGCGAUGUUGCCAUUCCCGCACCUUUUUUUCAAAUAUGGCCCCCAGAUCCGCAAGAAAAGUCGCUUUGCUGCAUAA